AUCGCACGUGGUGCCGACAUAUAGUGCGAAACAGUUGCUGACCCCAAGCAGAAAACGUUCGAGGCUCGUCGCUGGGACACGUGGACGGCCCACGCCCCCGCAGAAUACCGUCAACGCCCGUUUGGCCCCGCCGCCGUCUGGAAGCGUCCGGCCGGCCUCCCUCUUCAGUCCUCUCCCCGCGCAUCCACCGGCCAGCCUCUGGCCUUUUCAACUUCACCGGAGCCAUCCAUGGCGGCUUCCGUCUGCGGCGCGGCGACGCUCCUCUGCGACCCUCUCCGACACGGCCGAACCGCCGACCGGACUCCCGUUCUUUCGUUCCCUCGGCGGUCCGAGAAUCGCCGCUCCGUCCGGGCCGGCCGCGAUCUCCAGAGCUCGAGGGAACGUCUCGGGCUGUCGUGGCGGAGGAGCCGCGUCGCCGUCUCCGCCGUUUCUGGCCCUGCCGGCGCGGAAUCGUCGGCGGUUGGUGGAGAUACGGUAGAUUCAUUGGAUGAUGUAAAGGUGUUUGAUUUGAGCGGUAACGCCGUUCCGAUAUCUGAUCUGUGGAAAGACAGGAAGGCGGUGAUCGCAUUCGCUCGCCAUUUCGGGUGCGUGCUCUGCCGGAAACGCGCCGAUUAUCUAGCCGCUAAGAAGGAUAUAAUGGAUGCAUCUGGCGUGGCACUUGUGCUGAUUGGACCAGGAAAAGUUGAGCAGGCAAAGGCUUUCUCUGAGCAAACAAAAUUUCAAGGAGAAGUGUAUGCAGACCCUAAUCAUUCAUCAUACGAGGCAUUAAGAUUUGUCUCCGGGGUCACAACAACCUUUACUCCUGGGGCUGGUCUCAAGAUAAUCCAGUCAUACAUGGAAGGUUAUCGACAAGACUGGAAGCUUUCUUCCGAAAAGGAUACUGUGUCUAGAGGAGGCUGGCAACAAGGUGGAAUUAUCGUUGCAGGUCCUGGGAAAAACAACAUCUCUUAUAUCCACAAGGAUAAAGAGGCAGGGGACGAUCCACCCAUUCAAGAAAUCAUGAGAGCAUGUUGCUCCUAAACAGAAAGGCGGGUUCUUGCUGUAAAUGAUGUCUCUCUGACCUCGAGGCAUCUACCCGCUUAUAUCUAAGCCAUACCAAUCUGCUUCAAGCUUCCAGAAAUAGUAAUUCUCUGCCUUCAAAAUCGAAUAGCAGCAUGCGGGUAUAUUUUAGUAUAUCCCGACGUGAAUCCAAGCAUUCUCUCUUAGAAGGAAAUCGACAUAUACCCAAUGUCAUCUUAUAUUACUAGGAGCUUUCUUUCUCUCUACUGUACGAAUGCCAACUUAUUCUAUAUCUUGGAGGAAUAAAGGGAGUUAGGAACCAUCGCGUUGUUGAAACUUGCAAUGAUACAGGAAAAUCUUGAAUGGCUUUCAGCUUAGAUUAA